GUACUCAUCUCUGGUGAAAAUCGGCUUAUUGGCAAUUUUCUUACUGAUCGUUGCACCUAGUUGGCUGUUCGUCCAGUCGAAUAUAGUUGAUUUUUCAUUACUAUCUGUAUUCAGUGGUGAUUGGUAGUCAUCCCCCGACUCAUUCGUAUUUGCCUUGGUGUGGUUUAGUGAGGGGCGGGUGGAUUCUUAUAUUGAACAAGCAAAUUGGUAGGCAGUGAUACGGACACCAUGGCAGAGUUGGCUGCCCUCCUUCGUCAGGAAAUACCUGAAGGAAGAAGCAAUCUUGCAGACAGCCAUACGAAUUUGGAACGUGUAGCUGAGUAUUGUGAAGCAAAUUAUUUUCAAGCAGAAAAUAAAAGGAUUGCUUUAGAGGAAACAAAAAAUUAUACAACACAAUCAUUAGCCAGUGUAGCUUAUCAGAUAAAUACACUUGCUUAUAAUUUUCUACAGUUAUUGGACUUACAGACAUCUCAGCUUGCUGAGAUGGAAAGUCAAAUGAAUCAUAUUGCACAAACUGUCAUGAUACACAAGGAAAAGGUGGCUCGCAGAGAAAUUGGGGUACUUACUGCAAACAAAAUGACUACCCGCCAAUAUAAAAUCAUUGCUCCUGCAAAUCCUGAAAAGCCUAUAAAAUAUGUCAGGAAGAGUAUUGAUUAUACGAUUCUUGAUGAAAUUGGUCAUGGUGUGCGAAGUGGUGGUACUCCAAGGAGUAAGCAAAGAGGUGGAAGCCAGGGCAGCGUUCAAAGUUUGGGAGCAGCAUCUACAGGUUCAGGAUUAGGGGCCACAAUGGUGGGGCCUGCACCAACAACUAAACCGCCUACACCGCCGCAAACUGUUAGAACAGGAACUUUGAGUAAAGGUUCACGGGAGUACCGAACACCGCCUGCAGUGGCACCACCACAAGUGCCCAGUCAUUAUGCACCCAAUUAUCCACUGGGUCAUCCAAGGCGGGAGCGUGGACCGGGUUACAGCACACUUCCUCUUCAUGCUCACACAACUUCUCACCCGAGUCACAUUGCUGGCCACACUGUAAAUCAUAACACUCCCUCAGGCACAAUGCCCCAGCAUACAUCACCACCCCAAGUAGGAACAGUCCAUCCGCUGCAGAGUCAUCCUCAAACGCCACCACCUGCACCGCCAAGUAUCACUGGUGUAGCUGGAUACGUGCAAGAACAGCAUAAUAGCAUGCCACCACCACCCUCGCCAUUAGUUGGUAUUGGUGGAGAUGUCACUGAUUACACCGGUCAUCAUACUCUGCCGCAUCGUUUAUCUCAUCAACUGAGUCGUAGCAGCGGUGCCAGCAGUCCUCCUUUACCGCCGCCACCGCCUCCAGAACAGGAAGAGCAUCCUCAGUUUGGCAGACCGUCACAGUCUACCGGUGCAAUAAUGCCUAUUGUACCUGACGAAGAAGAUCUGCCUGGAUGGGUACCUAAGAAUUACAUAGAGAAAGUGGUGGCCAUUUAUGAUUAUUACGCCGAUAAGGAGGAUGAGUUGAGUUUUCAAGAGAGCUCGGUUAUCUACGUGUUGAAAAAGAACGACGAUGGUUGGUGGGAAGGCGUUAUGGAUGGAAUUACUGGACUUUUUCCGGGAAACUACGUCGAGCCCUGCGUUUAAUUUAGAGUUUGGGUAUAGUGCGAAAAUUAUUUAGAUUCUAUAAAAAACCUUGGGAUUAUUUGCUUCUCCAUAAAAAGGCCGUAUCUCAUAAUUCAUGUUGCAUUGGAUGACAAAGGCGAUUGGUGCUGGAAAGUAUGCAACUUCCUGACCGAUGAUUCUUUACCAAAUUACUUCUAGUUAUUAUCGUUGUCUAUCAAAGUAAGCCCAUCGAGGUUUUUACAUCUACAUUUUAAGAAAUGAUACGUUUUAGUGUGUUGCGUUAAUAACACUCAUAAAUAAGUAUUAAGAGUACGUCCGCGAACUUAUGGAAUUCAUCUCUGAUAAAAUGUGACUAGCCAUUCGAAUAACGAAUAGAACCUGUAAUUUCUUAUUAUUUCUAUAAGUAGCGUUUUACUUUAUAUCCUAAUGUAGACGUUCGUAGUAAUAAUAACACUUCCUUCCGUGGCCUGCUACUGUCAAGAUAAAAAAAAGUGCAUAAUUAAUGUUAUUCAUACGAACAGUUUGAUAUCAAAGAUUAUUUUGCAAAACAAAAAUUGCAUUGCUCAAUGCAAGUACUGUCUUGUAGCAUAACCAAAUGUAGUGCGAUUCCUGUCGAUUUGGCUGCUUGCUUAUUUGAUUUUAUUAAAAAAAUUUGUAGCUGAUAUAAAAUAAAGGUUGACUACGAACGGA